AUGCUCAGCUCAAUUCUCAAGACUGUGCUGUUGGCUGCCGCUGUCGUGUCGGCAUGCACCCCUCCGACGGAGCCUCUUUCAAACAACAUCACCGAGGGUUUCGGAAUUCAGAUACAAAAUGCCUCUGUGCCCAUCAUUCACAAUCGCUACAUCAACUUGUGGUCAGCGGGCGGCGGAGACCAGCAUCUCUACCUGAGUCCGGCUGGAAACUCUGCUUUCAAUUUGACCCUGGUCAACGGCGUGCUGUCGAGGGGAAUCAUCCAUGCCGUCAUUAACGGAGAAAUGUUCAUGACGGAGCGCGGAGACCCCAAGGCCUACUUCCAGCCAGUCUAUGGAUGCAACCCCGACACAGAUGCUGUGCAGGUCGAAUUGGAUUUUGUUUCCAGAGCCGCUCUUUCGGGUGGUUUCAUCUGCUUCAGAAGUGCAUCCGGAGAUAGACAUGAGGCGAGAUACUCUCCUCCCGGUAAUACUGUGAAUACUGUAGUCAUUAGAGCAGAUCGGCCUUGCUAUGAGGUAAGAUUGGCUUUGGUUCCUGCUCCCGCGGAAUGA